AUGCACAGAACUUAUUCCUUGAGAGCUCAAAGAGCUCCUACUGCGUCACAAUUGGCGAGUCCCGCUCCUCCUCCUUCCUCGACCAGAUCCAAGUUUUUCGGUAAGGCUUCUAUGGCUACGUCUUUCCGUAAGAAUGCGGCUGGGAAUUUUGGACCAGACUUGGCGAGAAAAUUGUCGCAACUUGUAAAGACCGAAAAAGGUGUUUUGAGAGCUUUGGAAGUGGUGGCCAUUGAGCGUCGUGCCGCCGCGAAGCAAUUGUCGCUAUGGGGUUUGGACAACGACGACGAUGUCUCCGAUGUUACCGAUAAACUAGGUGUUCUUAUCUACGAGCUAGGUGAAUUGCAGGACCAGUUCAUCGACAAGUACGACCAGUACCGUUUGACCCUAAAGGGCGUCAGAAACAUUGAAGCUUCUGUGCAGCCUUCCAGAGACCGCAAGCAAAAGAUCACCGACGAGAUCGCACGUCUUAAGUACAAGGAACCCACCUCCCCCAAGAUUCCUGUCUUGGAACAGGAACUAGUGCGUGCCGAAGCCGAGUCGCUAGUGGCCGAAGCCCAACUCUCCAACAUCACUCGUGAAAAGCUAAAGGCUGCUUUCAACUACCAAUUCGACUCCAUUCGCGAGUUGGCCGAGAAGUUUGCCCUCAUCGCUGGAUACGGUAAGGCUCUCUUGGAAUUGCUCGACGAUUCUCCAGUCACUCCUGGUGAGACCAGAUUGGCCUACGACGGUUACGAUGCUUCGAGACAGAUUAUCAUGGACGCUGAGACCGCUUUAGAGGGCUGGACUUUGGAAGCUGCUGCCGUUAAGCCAAGCUUGUCUUUCCACCAAACCGUUGAAGACGUUUACGAUGACGACGUUGAAGAAGAAGAUGAAGCUGCGGCCGCUGAACAAGAAUGGGCAGCCGAACACGACGGUGGUGAAGAAGAAGAAGUUGAGGCUGCUCCAAGAGUUUGA